CUGCUAUUGCAGGGCUCUGCUUGUCACUCACAGUUAUGAGCACUUCCUGUGGGAGAAUGAAAACACGCCCAGCCCUCAUUUGAGCCCAGACACGGAGCAGAGAGAUGGACGGAAGUGAAACAUCGCACAGUUCUGGGCUGAAUGACUUCUUACUGAGAAGCAGCGUGUCUUCUGGAUCACGAUCAAUGGAUGUGAUUGUUUACCUAAUUAAUGAUGAGAUAAUACAACUUACAGUAGAUGGGCUUUCAGUCAUCACCGCACAUGAACUACAUAAGUCUAUACGCGAGGCUCUUCAACUACCUGAAACUGCUCAGGAUGUCUUUGCUUUGUGGCUCAUCUCGCCUUUCUUGGAGGUGCAAUUAAAACCAAAGCAUCAGCCAUACAAGGUUUGCAGACAGUGGCAUGAUCUCUUGGCUCGCUUCACAAACUGUUCUUCCAAUGACAUUCUCCAAGAUGAACCAUUUCUGCAAUUCCGAAGAAAUAUAUUCUUUCCUAAGGCUCGGGAACUUCAGAUUGCACAUGAGCGUACCUUGUAUUUGCUCUAUGAGGAAGCAAAAUACAAUGUCCUAGAUGGGAGGUAUCCAUGUGAUGUAGAGGACUGCGAGCUUUUGGGUGGCCUGGCCUGUAGGCUAGAGCUGGGACCAUACAAUCAGAAUGAGCACACUCCUGCUACUAUAAGACCCAAGCUAGAUUCCUUGUUCCCUCCCUAUCUAUGCAAGAAGAGGAAUGGUUUUUUUACCACUUUCAAAAACAAGGGAGGGCGCCAGGCAAGUUUUGAGCAAACUGUGCUGAAUACAUACAAAGAAGUAAAAGAAAGCAGUGCUUGCACCGAAGAACAAGCCAUGAAAAACCACUACAGAGAAUACCUGAAAAAAUGCCACGAACUCCCAUACUACGGCUGUGCCUUUUUCCAUGGGGUUGUUGACAAGCCUGCUCAAGGAUUCCUGAACAGGAGUGGGCGGAAGCCUGUGUCAGUGGCUAUUAAUCUGGAAGGAGUGUCUGUUAUUGACAGAAAAGAAAAGCAUAUAUUGAUAAGUCUGACAUACCCUGAGUUAUCAUGGGAUCACACAUACCCUGAUGAGGAAGAGCAUAUCCUGUGGCUGGAGUUUGAUGGUGAUGCUGAAGGGACACCAGUGAACAAGCUGCUGAAAAUAUAUUCAAAGCAGGCGGAGCUAAUGAGUGGACUCAUUGAAUAUUGCAUAGAGCUCAGCCAGACAACUGAGUCACCAGCCUCAGACUUCUUACCUGGGAACUCUCAACUUUCUGAAAAGCGCUCCAAACUGAGACGACAGGAGAGUGUCCUUUGUAACCGCAUGAAACACCUCAAUACUAUAGACUAUGUUGAAGAUGGUGCCAGUAUUAAACGUGUGAAGCCCAAAAGAACUGCUUCAUUUUUUACUCGCCAAAAUACCCACUACUCGGCUGUGCAGCCGUCUGAAACACCAACAGAAACCUGACCCUUGUCAGGAACGCAAGUGCUCAACCAAAGACACCAGAACUCGCCAGUAAGUUUCAAGGACAAUAUCGAUGGACCAAGUACAUGAAUCAAGUAGUCCUAAUUGGCAUUUCAGCACUCACUUGGUCCUUUAGUGACUUUCUACGUUAUAGCCACCAGAUACUUCCAUUGGAUAUUGCUGUCUUGUUGGCAUAUAGCUCUCUAUACCCAUAAUGGGCUAGCAUGCGCUACAUUGCUGACAUGAUUAAGAAACAGAUACAAUUAUUUGGUUUCUUCAGAAUCCAAAGCAGGCAUAUUCUUGUUCUCUCUCUUUUGCAAUUUACCCCCAUAAUCACAAAACCUUGCUAAAACAGCAAACUAUGUACCCAGUAUACCCAACCUGCAAUCUAGCUGUUGCACAGCACCUUCCAGUACAUUUGUUAAGGAAACUGGCAGGUUACAGGUUGGAUGUCUGCAUGAAACAAUAUUUUGUAAAAUCUACCUUACAUUUGCACUGUAUGUCUUGCUCCUUUUUGGCACAUGGGUCAAUAUAUAUAUUCCUACUUAGCUAGAAGUUUAUUUAUAUUGAGUUUAAAUACCUAAGCUUAGGGUUACACAGAUUUACUAUAGCUAACCAAGUGAUUCUUUAACAUUGGGUUGCUUAGGGCUUCAGUCACACUAAGAGAGACAGCCAAAUAUUACAUGUGAAUAUUACAAAAUGUUUAUUUUCUACUGUGAUGUAGUUUGGAAUAGGAAUCUUUGGUAAUUAAAAUGUAAAGAUCGCUUUCCCUUUACUAGAAUAAGAGAUGAAAAAUACAGGCCUAUUUUGUAACGUGCAUGGUCUGCCCUGGUCCACUGCCAACCAGCAUAUUGCAUCAAAAAUUAAGGCUGAUAACUAUUUAAAAAAGAAGCUAUAUACAGGCUGCACUCUUAUAAUGAAUGUUUGAAUGAAUGGACAGCAAAAUGGCCAAAUUGGAUUGGUGUAAUAUUCUAACUAAGGGUCCCUAACAAGAUGAUCUAGAGAGAUUUGGGAGGAAAGUGCUGCUCCUAUCUUGUAUACCCUAUACUGGUAUAUGAAAGUAGACUAGUCUGUAAGAUCAAUUACAGGACAGUCUGUUAAAACCACUUUUUAUGGGAGUCACAACAUGAAUGAUUCACAGCCACUAAGGCUGAAAGGUGCCCUGUAUGGACAUCUUUAUUGGACCUGGGCAUUCCAAAGUUACUAUAUAUGCCACACAGAGCCACACUAUAUCAAUGUUUUGUCAGAGGAAAGAUCUGCAGACACUGCAACAUCUGUUUCAUAUAGUCGAUACUUCCCUCAAAGAGGUAGGGAAACCAACUUGUACUUAUAAGCAUUUAGUUAUGUUAAAAUUAAAAUUUAAAAACACUUAACUCCAUAGCUCUGUUUCCUGUUAAUAGUUCGAUAAUUUUUCAUUUUUUGAUUAUGUAUAAACAAAUUGGGAGCAGCCAUGUGUGCAAAUAGUGAUCACUAUGUGGUCAAUGUACAGGUACGCAGUCUCACCUAGCAGGACAGGUAAUACUGUCAUGAUACACAGCAGUGCUGAUUUACUGCCAUGGAUAACAAACUUCAUUGGUGCAGUUAUCUAUAUCAACCAAUCAGAAAUGACCUUUGAUCAGUCUGCAAGCAUUUGCAAAGGUGUGGUUGCAGUGGGUUAUUGCACUGGAACAGUUUUGCACCUAUACUAAUAAGUUCCCCCCUAUGUUUAUCUCAUAAAUAGCUGUAUUGUUUAAGGCACAUUUAAAAUGUUUUCUUUUGACUUUUGCAAGUAACAGCAAACAAAUGCAAAAACCUAAAUCUUUUAUAUAAAUGUUCCUAUGUUCUUCUUCAAAUCUUGUGUGACCACUAUGAAAUUGUCAUAUCCACUGCUCCGUCCUUUGGCUGCAGUCUCUAACAGGGUGUUUUGUAAAAUUUUCUAUGUUCUGUAAACACUUUGCUUUUCUAGUGCCUUUGCUGAAUAGAUUGUAUGUGCCUUCACAAAAUGCCUGUUGUUUAAAAUCAUAACAUCAAUAUUUAUAUUUUUAUACUGCAUCAUUUGUACUAACAGCAUUUUGAAAAAUAAAAUAAAAAUUGCUACAAACUGUAA